AUGGCGCACCAUGUAGUGAAUUCAACUGACAAUAAACAAUCAUUUUUAAAAAACGGCAACAAACAGUGGGUUAAAUUGAAUGUUGGUGGAUCGUAUUUUCUCACGACGAAGACGACACUAGCACGCGACCCAAAUUCAUUUUUAUACAGACUUGUGCAGGAAGACAGCGAUCUAAUAUCGGACAAAGACGAUACUGGUGCUUAUUUAAUCGACAGAGAUCCAAACUACUUUUCCCCAGUGUUAAACUAUUUGAGACACGGCAAAUUGGUGAUUAACAAGGGACUGGCUGAAGAGGGUGUUCUGGAGGAAGCGGAAUUCUACAAUAUCGCCGAAUUAAUCACCUUGGUCAAGGAGCGGAUUAUGCACAGGGACAACAGGCCAAGCAAAGAUGGCAAAAAACAUGUUUAUAGGGUGUUGCAAUGUCACGAGGAUGAAUUAACUCAGAUGGUGUCAACGAUGUCGGACGGCUGGAAGUUUGAACAACUGAUAAACAUUGGAUCACAGUAUAAUUAUGGGGCAGAUGAGCAUGCCGAGUUUCUCUGCGUUGUGAGCCGCGAGUACGGACAGCCAGAGAGCGCUGAAACUUUGCGGGGCGAGCGCGAAGACAGGGCGAAGGUGUUGCAACAAAAGGGCUCGCGGAUGUAGGAUUCGAGUCAUCGUUUGUUUAUAUUCUUCUUUCCAAGAUAUUUUUUUAGCUGUGACAUAAUGUGUAUAUACCUUUCGGUUUGAUCAUAGUGUUAUGAUUAGGGAUUCAGAUAAUGAACAAUGUUUUUUGAAAUUAGCCAAAAAUUAUACUCUUUAUAUGCUUUUGAUAUGAACCAUUUUUGAACUUGUAUAUGUAUUUAUUAAACGCUGCCACGUUGAUAUAUGAUCACUCUAAUAGUACAAUGAGCAGUUUGUUUCUUCAUACAUACUUUUUUUUUAAUUAUUGAUAUUUAUUGUCUCCUAAUUCUCAUUUGUUCAGAGUAUAUUAAAAGACAUCCUCAGCAAUGUUAUUUAAGUAACCAUUUUCAUACAUGUGACCUGUAGUUACCUAAUUAUCAUUAUUACUUUUUGUACCUACCUAUAUUUGUGUAACCAAUUAGAUUAGAGACCUAUACUGCUUAGAAUCAUUUGAAUAUUCUGUACAUUUUUCUCUUUUUAUAUGGAAUGUGAAUUAUAGAAAUAUUUAUAAGGUUUGUUUUUAAUAAUAAAUUUGUGCAAUCAA